AUGGCUAUAAUAAUAAUUAAUAGAAAUGAUAUGAUAUUAAGUAUUAUUGCAAUACUUUUUUCUAUUCUUGGAGUAUUUUUUUAUCGAAUAAUAACAAGAGCUUUUAGAAUAAUUAAUCAAAAUGAACGUCCUAGAUUUAGACUUAGACAUGUAACUCCUGAGAUGAUUGAAACAGUACAUUCAAUGUUUCCUGAUAUACCAACUGCUGCAAUAAAAUACGAUCUUCAAAAAACUGGGUCAGUAGAACUUCAUGAAGCUAUUAAACGAGAUAUUGUUCCAAAUGAGCCACCAAAAGUAUGGGAAGCUACCCCUGAAAAAAGGCAAGAAAUAUUACAAUGGAAAAAAGAUGCAAUGGUUUUACAAGCUAGAAAGCGGUUUCUUGCACAACAAAACCAGAAAUCUUCAUCACAGCCAAAUAAUGAAUCUAAAUCAUCAAUAAAUAAUACUGACACCAAUAUUAAUACUCCCACUUCUAUUAACAUCAAGUGA